UUGCGUACUGAGUGAUCGGCAGUGGCCGGAGCAAAUUUUUCGCUCAGUUCUCUUGCAGUUUCAACCACAGCAUGUCCGUGGAAAUCAAUGCCACCCCGACAUACCACUGUCAUCAUGUUUAAAAGUGGAAUUUACAGAUCCGCGGAGCUUUUAGCUACUGCCGCUAGCUUGCUUGCUAGCUAGCCAGCCAGCCAACCCAGCAGAGCCGUGAGAACCGCGCUGGGCGAGUUAACCGUAGCUAGCCAGGGACUGGGUUAGCUAUCCGGCUAGCUCCGAUUUGUUACUUUCCAAGACGUGAGAGUUCGUAGUUGCUGAUUCAUAGGUUGUUUUGUUUUUUUUUGACAAUCGGAUACACGUUUUUUAUCACGGAAAGGGACAACAUGGAGCUCUUCCAAGCCAAAGAUCAUUACAUUCUCCAGAGUGGCGACCGAGCUCUUUGGUGUAGCCGGAAAGAUGGGACCAUGAGCGUCAGACCUGCAACAGACCUGCUGCUGGCAUGGAACCCUGUGUGUUUGGGUCUAGUGGAGGGUGUUAUUGGAAAGAUACAACUUCACGUGGAUCUUCCUCUCGAGCUUGUAUUAAUUCGUCAAAAAGCACUGGUUGGCCAUUUGCCUGGAAAUCACAAAGUCUUCAAGAUCACCAAGAUAGCCGUCAUUCCGCUAUCUGAAGAAGAACCCCAAGAGCUUGAGCUAGAGCUUUGCAAGAAGCAUCACUUUGGAAUUGACAAACCAGAGAAACUGGCCCAGUCACCUGAUGAGUCCAAGUUCCUGAUGAAAACAUUCAGCCAGAUCAAAUCUAAUGUGGCUGUGCCCAUCAAGAAAAAGGUCAAAGAAAACAAAGAGAAAGAGCGUCUGGAAAGACGGCUGCUUGAUGAGCUGUACAAGAUAUUCAUGGACUCAGACUCCUUCUACUACAGCCAGACCUAUGACCUAACAAACUCUGUACAGCGACAGGGAGACUCGGGCAGUUCCAACUUGCCUCUUUGGAAACAGGUUGAUGACCGUUUUUUCUGGAAUAAACACAUGAUCCAGGAGCUUAUCGACUUGCAGACUGCAGAGGUGGACUUUUGGGUGAUGCCCAUCAUUCAGGGUUUUGUCCAGGUGGAGGAGCUGGUGGUGAACUACAAUGAGAGCCCUGAUGAGGAGAGGAGCAGUCCUGAGACUCCACCACAGGAACUGACUUGCGUGGAUGACAUCCACCCUCGCUUCACUGUGGCCCUCAUCUCCCGACGUAGCCGCCACCGUGCAGGGAUGCGGUACAAACGCAGAGGGGUGGACACAGAUGGCCAUGUGGCUAACUAUGUAGAAACGGAGCAGUUGAUCCACGUGCACAGCCACACUCUUUCCUUUGUGCAGACCCGUGGCUCGGUGCCUGUCUUCUGGAGUCAGGCAGGCUAUCGCUACAAUCCACGGCCACGUCUAGAAAAAGGGGAGAAGGAGACCAUUCCUUACUUUGCUGCUCACUUUGAGGAACAGCUCACCCUCUACAAAAAGCAGAUCAUCAUCAAUUUAGUGGACCAAAGCGGACGGGAAAAGCUGAUUGGUGAUGCUUAUCUAAAACAAGUGCUCCUAUACAACAAUCCGAACCUCACAUAUGUCUCAUUUGACUUCCAUGAGCACUGUCGAGGUAUGAAGUUUGAGAAUGUGCAGACGCUGACAGAUGCCAUAUCUGAUAUCAUUACAGACAUGAGGUGGGGCUGGGUGGAUCAAGCAGGAGUCAUUUGUAAGCAGGAGGGCAUCUUCAGGGUCAACUGCAUGGAUUGUCUUGACAGGACAAAUGUGGUGCAGGCGGCAAUUGCCCGGGCAGUGAUGGAACAACAGCUAAAGAAACUGGGUGUGAUGCCUCCAGAACAGCCCCUUCCACUUAAGUGCUGCAGAAUUUAUCAGGUCAUGUGGGCCAACAAUGGAGACACCAUCAGCAGACAGUAUGCAGGCACAGCUGCCCUCAAGGGAGAUUUCACCAGGACGGGGGAGAGGAAGCUUGCUGGUGUGAUGAAAGAUGGAGUAAACUCAGCCAAUCGCUACUAUCUGAACCGCUUUAGGGAUGCCUAUAGACAAGCAGUGAUUGACAUAAUGAUGGGCCUGCCAGUGACCGAGGACCUAUACUCCAUUUUCAGUAAGGAAAAGGAGCAUGAGGAGAAAGAGAAGGAGAGCCAGAGGGGAGCCCAGGAGCAGGUCAGCCUUCUGCUGCAGACUUACAUGCAGCUGUUGUUACCCGAGGAUGAGAAGUUUCAUGGGGGCUGGGCCCUCAUCAACUGUGACAUGAGCAUUAUAGAUGCAACCAACAAAGAUGUGGAUGUCUUGUUGCUUCUCUCCAAUAACGCUUAUUACAUUGCCUACUAUGAUGAAGAAGCAGAUAAAGUCAACCAAUACCAGCGCCUCGAUUUAGAGGGUUUGGAAAAGAUUGAAAUAGGUCCAGAGCCCACUCUGUUUGGGAAGCCAAAGUUCUGCUGUAUGCGUUUGCAUUACAGAAAUGAGGAGACAAGUGGAUACUACCACACGUUACGAGCUGCAACACGGAAUCCUGAGGAUGAUGGAAAAGACACACUACAGUGUAUAGCUGAGAUGCUUCGCAUUACAAAACAGGCCAUGGGGCUGGACCUCCUCCUGGUUGAAAAGAAACUAGACAGGCGGCAUAGUAAACCACAUGAGGAUAUUAUGGGCAUACAGACCAAAACCACUGACCAGGUGCAAGGUAGCUCCGGUCUUGCACAGGGCAAAAGUUUCCUUCUCAACAAAUUCUCUUCCCUUAAUCAGAAGGUGAAGCAGACCAAGACAAACGUGAACAUUGGCCCCUUCAAGCCCCUUGGGAAACUAGGAACCUUCUCAAAGCCUGAUGUAAAGGUAAAUUUCCUAAAGCCUACUAUGCAUGUCAACCUGUGGAAGUCAGACAGCAGCUUGGACACAUCAGACGGCAAUCCUGCCUCUGGAGCACUAAAGGACCAUUGUGAUGAGCACUCCGAGAUGUCUUCAGACUCAGACUCCUACGUCUCUGACCCUGAGCAUCCGUGCUCUGGCUCCUUGGAAAAUGUUGACUAUGUGUUGCCCAGCUGUGGCAUUGUAGCAUCAAACCCCCGGUUAGGCAGCCACUCUCAGUCCAUUGGUAGCGUAGAGUUGAACAUUCCCUCUGUCAUCCGGGUCACUGGCUGUGAUGGAAAUCAGGAAAGCUCAUCUCAAGUCAGCGAUGACAAGUCUCCAGGGGCUGCCUCAGUGGCAGAAGAAGCUAUCCUGAUUGACUUUGGAACCCCCAUAGAUGCCUAUUGCCACCAGUUUGUUCAGGAUGCGCAGACCAAACCUGUUGAGGUUUUUGGAGAGCCAGAGUCAGCUGCUGUCCUACCACACAAAUCCUGGGUGCCUCAGCAGACAAAGGGACCAGCAGACUCAGGAAAACAGCUGGACCCAGAACAGCAGCAGGAGCCCCAGGUCCCCAGGCCAUCCCAGCUUGAUGUUCAGUCCACUACCUCCGGCUCUAACCUCUUGAUUGUCCAGAAGCCUAGCUCAGCAGUCUCAGGAGGCUCUCAGAGGAGCUUCUGUUCUCAGAUGGAGGGCAGCCUGGGCCCCUCGCCCGCUGACAGCAACGGUAGCCGAGUGGUGUCUCCCUUUGCCAAGAUAAAGAGCUCCAUGGUGCAGGUUGCCAGCCUCACCCAGGCAGGACUCACCCAAGGCAUCAACUUUGCUGUGGCAAAGGUACAGAAGAGUCCAGAGCCAGAGGGUGUUAAUGAGUCCCAGGAGAGCGAACUGAGGGCAAUGUUUACACAGUGCCAGACCCGGAUCAUUCAGAUCUAGCAUUUUACUUGUAGACUGUUGCUGGAUUUUGUAGUUGUACAUGUAGAAACCUCCAAUAUGAUAGCAGUAGCAUAAGCUUGCACAAAGGGCCACUUCUCAAAGAACACUGCUCUUAAAUUUCCUCCUUGGUUGAGCUAACCAAUGUUUUUGAUGACUCAUGUACAAAAAGUACAUUACCAAGGUCAACAUGACGAUGACUGCUUACAUGCACACAACAAUGCUACUUCUUGCCUGACUCUGAGGAUACUUGGAUAAAGGUCUGGACAUAUCUCCAUUUCCAUGCAAUUUUGGGUGCCCUAGAAGUUGAGGGUACGACAGUUACUGUGUACUGCAAGUCAUCAGUCAAGUGUCAGAUAACUCUUCAUAACAUCACAAAUGUUGAAAUUAACAGACGCAGUUAGAGUUAUAGUGUAUACACAUUUAAAAGAACAUCAGAAAAUGCUGCAAAUGUUUCAAUUCAUAUUGAACAUUUUAUGGGUUCAGUAUGAUUACUCUAUUAUGAGUAAAUGAAGACACACAAUUGGAGAAAUAAUUCCAGAUUGACACAUAAAAGGUGGUCAUGAAGCGUCAUUUCAACCCUUGUAUUCGGAGAAUGUCAGACAUAUACGAUUGGAGAAUUAGUGUGCAUGUAAACACAUCACCGUCCUUAGCUUGUGUAACUCUUUUUUUCCAGUUGAUUUCCUGCUAUGGUUGCAUGUGAGGCCAAUUGUUAAAAUCAGGUAAACCAGGCAGGUAAAUUACAACUGCAUGUUGAAAGUCCAACUGUAAAUCUUUCAUGUACUGUAUGUGAUUCCUGAUGUGCUGGUCACCUAUUGGCAUUGAUGCAGGCCCCAUUAUAGCUGCAGUUCUGAACACUGGUAAUUGAACCUGACCAAAUUUCUUGUGAUCUCCAAAGGAAAGUUCUUUGUUAAAUAUUACCCUUAAUAUAGCCAUCGGAAAACUAACAACUGACAUGGUUAGGCCUAUGUAAUAUCAGUGUUGUCAAGUGUAACCUAUAGGAAAUAUACCAAUAUAUAAAUUAAUGAUCACGUAAGUGUAUACAGGUUGAUAUGUACAGUGAGUAUUGUAUGUAUAUCUGUUCCUUGAAUAGAACCUUCCUAUUUACUAAUACAAA